AUGGUGUUUCUCUCUCGCAAAAAGCCUCCACCGCCUCCAUCGUCGUCCUCAGCAGUUCCGCCUCCGUCGUCGUCCUCAGCAGCGCCGCCUCCCAAAUUUUCCCAGCCGGGAAAGGAAUCUGUUGAACCCGACGCGGUGGAGAAGAUGACUGCGGUUCUGGCGGAAGCUGGGUGCACACUGAUGAACCCGUACGGUCCGCCAUGUCUUCCCUCCGAUCUCCACGCUUUCCGCCGCAAUCUCACCAGUCGCUUGUCGUCUUGCUCCGCCAAUUCCGGCGAGAGAGAGAAAUUCAGUGCUCUUCGCUCAAUUUUCAUAGCUGGGUUUUCAUCGUACAUUCAGUCUCCGAGUAAUCUUCGUAGAGUGCUUUCAUCUUCUUCAACAACAAAGAGAGACGAGACAUUAGUCAGAAAUCUCCUGCUUGUAUCUCCGAUUCAACUUGACCUCCAGGAAAUGCUACUCGAGAAGCUUCCGGAGUACUUUGACGUCGUUACCGGAUGUUCCCUGGAGGAGGAUGUUGCUCGCCUUAUUAUCAACCAUUUCCGGUGGCUGGACUUCAUUGUUAAUCCCGAUGUGUUCACCGAUAAGUUGAUGCAAGUUCUAUCAAUCUGUCCUCUGCACUUAAAGAAGGAAAUCAUUGGAUCGUUGCCAGAGAUUAUUGGGGAUCACAACUGCCGCGCUGUGAUUGAUUCUCUAGAAAAGAUGCUUCAGGAGGAUUCUGCUGUUGUUGUUCCAGUGCUCGAUUCUUUCUCCAAUCUCAAUUUAGAUGACCAAUUGCAAGAACAGGCGAUUACAGUAGCAAUAUCAUGUAUUAGAACAAUAGACGCAGAGCACAUGCCGUAUCUACUUAGGUUUUUGCUUCUUGCUGCUAAUCCAGCAAAUGUUAGAAGAAUAAUCUCUCAGAUACGCGAACAGUUGAAAUUCACCGGAAUGUCACAGCCUUGUGCUUCUCAAAAUAAACUCAAAGGAAAAGUAACCGCGUAUAACACAGAAGGUUCUAUUCUCCAUGCUUUAAGAUCAAGCCUUCGAUUUAAGAAUAUACUCUGCCAAGAAAUUAUAAAGGAGCUGAAUAGUCUGGAGAAACCUCGGGAUUUCAAGGUGAUCGAUGUAUGGCUGCUUAUUCUUAUGUACAUGAAUGGGGAUCCCAUCCGGAAGAGCAUCGAGAAGAUAUUUAAGAAGAAAGUGGUUGAUGGAUGCAUACAAGAAGCCUUGCUUGAUCAAUGUAUACGUGGGAACAAAGAGUUUGUGCAGGACAAUUUUGCAUCGUUCCUUUCUUUGGCUGAGCAUCUCUUGUCAUGCAAAGAAGAAAAGGCAAGGGAAAUUGGCUCUCAUAUCUAUACUCUCCUUUUUGAAGGGUUUGCUGACAAUUAUUCAAGACAAGAGAUACUAGGUGCCCUAGUGACACAUGUGGGAUCUGAUAACAAAUUUGAGGUCUAUGAGGUUUUCAGCCUCCUCGCACUAUCAGCUCGUGCAAGUCCUGAUUCUUUUCGAUCUUCAAUUUCAAAUGAACUUAUGAUGAUAGUAAGGAAGCAGGUCAGCCAUCCAGACCUCAAGUACAAAAAGAUGGGGUUAGUUGGAACUCUAAGGAUUGUUUCAUCACUUGGGGAUACAAAUAGUUCUCCUGACUGUUCAUCAUCUCAGGUUUCAGAUUGUGGGGAGAUUUUGGAGCUUCUAAAGACAUCUGUAGACUCUUGCAGACAGUCUAACUUAGCCCUGAUUAUUUUCUAUGAUGAAUUCGCUACAAUUCUCAGCCACAAAUUACUUAAGCCAGAGAUUAUGGAGUGGAUCGGGAAGCAUCUAGGAGAAUUUGAGUCGCUAUUUUUAGCUGAUCUUGACAGCGGAAAUAUGGUUGAUAAGGGUUCAUACUCUGGACUAGAAGGGGAUCUUUGGAUGAACUUGGAUGGUAGUAUUUCACCAAUCUGUGUGAACAUUCUGGCCCUGGCAUCUUCAUCCUCAGAGUCUUGUUGUCUGCAGAUUCUUCCUUCAAAUUUUCUUUUGCUAUCAACUGUAGAGAGGUUGACAAAUGAUGGAUCCCUUGCUGGGAUCGAUGCUCUGCUCGGAUGCCCUUUACACCUUCCUUCUUCCAAGUACUUUGCUGCAGCUGGAUGGGAAUCUCUGACAAAGAAGCAGAGAGAAAUCCUCUCUGUAUCAAUAUAUUAUGCUGCAAACUGGAUACGAGAACUCCUUAACGCCUUCAGUUCCCAACUUGAUGAAAGGUUUGGCUGCAUUAGUCAGGCUACAGAAAAGGAUGUAACAACAAAGCUUCUGAAGCGACUCAGAAAUCUAGUAUUCUUGGAAAGCUUACUGGGCAAUUUGAUUACGCUAUCUCCUUUGUCUUUACCAGAGCUACACCCUUAUUCAGCCACAGGCCAACAUACUCACGUAGGGCAUCCAGAGAGGAAAAAUGAGAAGAGGAAGCUACAAGAUGAUCCCUCCCAAGGCAAGGGAAACCUGAAAAAAUCAAAGAACUCGACUGUGGAUGAAAAGCUGCGACAGCCAACUAUUUUGGACGCAUUCAAGAAAGCAGGAGUAGUUACGAGUCAAACACCGCAACAUGAAAAUCCUUCCCUUUCAUCUUUGGAUGGCGGGACAGCAUCAGGGUCUAUGCAUGCAACUUGUUCUGAUGAUGAAUUUCUAUGUGUAAAGAUUCCUCAAGUUUCCGCGGCACUUGAAGCCCAAAGAUUCAAGUUCAGGCCUCUUCUUCCUCAAUGCCUCACCAUCUUAAAAUUUCCGAAGGUGCGGAGCCAAGACAUAAGCAGCCCUGAAUAUAAAGCUGAGCUACCCUUGUAUUUGUAUCUCUUACAAGAUCUUCAUUCCAAGCUGGAUUGUCUUGUUCCUCCUGUUAAACAACUUCCUUUCAAACGUGGAAGCGCUUCAGGUAGUUUCGGGAGGUUCAAAUUGGUAGAACUUGUCAGUCAAAUAAAAGGACUUUUUCAAAGCCUCAGGACACAUUUGAAUAUAGCAGUUUCCUUGCUGAUAAAAGGUGAUGAAACUUCUCAAACUAGUUGGCGAGAUGAGUUUACUGGGGCAGGAAAUCCGAACACAUCCAAUAUUGUGGUUUCCGGAUCUCUGGUCUACACAAUGGUGUGCAAAGAAGUUUUAUACUGUUUCAGCAAGAUAUUGACUCUCCCUGGGUUUGAAACAGACAAACUACUGCUGCUGAAUCUUCUUGAAGCCUUCCAGGCCACUGAAAUUCCAGUUGCUAGCCUCCCAGACUUUCAACCUUUCCCUUCAACUGGGACAAAGGAGUACUUGUAUAUUGGCGUUUAUUGUUUCUUUGAAGAUAUUUUAAACAAUGCUUGUUCCUUCUCCUUUGAUCUGGCCUUCGAGUGUCUACUCACUCUACAGUUAGUGGUGACCUCUGCACAAAAAGAUCUUGGUAAGGUAUCUGAAGAAGCUACUAAAAAGAGAUCUUCAGGCCCUACUCGGGGUCUUGUACCUAGUCUGCAUGCCAAACUGGGAACAUCUGCUGAGAAACUUCUCAGACAUAAUUGGAUCGAUGAAAGUACUGAUAAUAAGGGUUUGAAGAACAAAGGUGAAAUGGUACAGAACAUAUUGCGAAUAUACCUGGAGACCAGUGGAUCCACAUCUGAUUUGCUCGAUGAGCUUGCUUGUACCAUUUUGCCUCAGGCCUCUCUAUCCAAGUCAACAGGUGAAGAUGAUGCUGGUGAUCAUGAAUUCCCUACCCUAUGCUCAGCGACUUUCAGAGGAUGGUACAAGACAUUGCAUGAAGAAAACCUUGCAAUUCUCAACAAAUUGGUGAAGACUGUUAGCUCAGAGAAACGACAAAACUGUCAAUCUGAAACUACUGAUGCACACUUGAAAAGCAUUCAUAAGACUGUGAAUGUGGUAGUGUCUUUGGUCAACUUGUGCCGAACUCAUGAAAAGGUUACAAUCCACGGAAUGGCUAUCAAGUAUGGUGGGAAGUAUGUGGACUCAUUUUUAAAAGUUUUUGAUUUCUUGGAAUCACAUUUUCAAGAUUAUAAGGGACUAGUCAUCCAGUUGGUGAAAGAUCUCCAAAAGGCUACAAGAACAUUACAGACUCUAUGUUCUGAAGCCAAGGGUAUGAAACAAACAGCCAUCACCAGCAAAAUACCAGCAACAAAGAGAUCUUUAGAGCGUUUUCUGUUUCACGUUAAGGCCCUUCUCCAUACAACAUCACGCGGCUCCAACUUCUGGAUGGGUAGCUUGAAACACAAGGACCUGAGCGGGCAAAUAGUGAGUUCUCAGGCUUAUGUAGAUAAUGAAACAGACGACGUAGAAGAAAACAUGUCCGGAGAAGAUCCCAUGGAAGAUGAUGAUGAAGUUCCCUUGUGA